CUGCCUCCGUGCGGGGGACUCGUGAGGCUAAUGGACGUCUCCAGGCUUCUCCUGUCCAUCGUCAUGGUGAUGUCCACGUCUGAUGGGAGUUCAGAAGCAUCAGAUUCUUCCUGCUUCAACCUGGACCAGGAUAGAUAUAAAGUUAUUAAAGGUGAAGCGUUUUAUUAUGUGCCCUUCGACCUGGAUGACCCCAACCUGCCUGAUGCAAACAUCACGUGGUACAAAAACGGUCCAGAGGUCAUGAAUAUCACCACAGACGAGACACACAGGAUCCAUUACCAUGGAGGAGCUCUGUUUUUCUUAAACAUCAGCGCUAACGAUGCUGGUCACUAUUCUGCCAGGCACAUUGAGGCAUCAGGUGAAUGUUUCUACUAUCAUGUGAAGAUCGAGGUCUUCGAUGAAACAAGUCGAGAGAAUCUGACCUAUGGAUCCAUCCGAAACUCUGACCAGAACAAAAACAUUCCUUGUCCGCAGCCUGUUAAAGACACAUGCAAAACAUUUAACGGGAACUUCACCUGGUUCAAGGGCAAGAAUCUGAUUCCCGGUCAACACAAAGAAAGGCUGUGGGUAAAUGAUGCAACAAAAGAGGAUGAGGACAUUUACACCUGCUUAUGUACCUGGACUCACAACCACAAGGUGUACAACUCUUCUGGUUCCAGGAGACUUGUUGCUCUCGAGAAAGCUGUUUAUGAAAAUGUAAAAAUCACCUCUCCAAACACAACGGAGCAGCUGGUUAAGAAAGGCUCCAGCGUGAAGCUGAACUGCACCGUUUACUGUGGGAUCAAUGCAGCGUGGGACUGUGAGGCCACAUGGCUGAUUAAUGGAAACCCAGCAAAGCAGACGGACGGAUACAACGAAACCACCAAAUUAGACAUCGAGGAUCCUUCAAAGAGAACCUUCUCCACAGCCACCCUGACCAUCGCAAAGGUUUCAGAAGAUGAUUUCCAGCAUGAGUUUAAGUGUCUGGGCUCAGGAUUUUAUACAGUAACCUCUGCAACUUUAACUCUGAAGAAAGAUGAGUCCUUCACUUUCAUCAUUGUUUUUCUUGUUUUGGGAGCGUGUCUGAUUUUGUUCGCCGCUGGGCUGGUGAAACAUUUUGUCACUGACCUCGCUCUGUUGAUGAGGCCCUGCUGCCCUCCAAGAAGAUGCAAUAAAGGCACAAUAUGUUAA